GACUUGGAAGAGCGAGUCUCGAUGGAAAAUUUCAUGUAGGCCCUUCUUCAAAGAAAAAAAAAAUCAUGUAGGUCAAUUGUGAUGCCAAUUGAUUUAAAGAAUUGAUCAAACACAGAAUUUAAGGUCACGAAGCUUUUCAGUUUCCUCCAUCUAGCUGCUCUACUUUUCUCCAACCACAUGUGCCUUAUAUAUAAGGCACACAAUGCAGAAAUAUAUAUAUAUAUAUAGGAACAAGCUAAGUCUUCUCUCGUAGACCCUAAAUAAGAAGAAGAAGAAGAAGAUGGAAGAGGAAUUGAUCAAGAUGCAGAGGUCGUUGAUGGCGAGGAGGAAGGUGAGGCAGUACAAGAAAUCGGACGCUCCGCGGAUGCGAUGGACGGAGGAGCUCCACCGCAGCUUCGUCGCAGCAGUCGAGUUCCUCGGAGGUGAAACUAGAGCUACGCCAAAGAGAAUUUUGGAAGCCAUGGGCGUUAAAGGAAUAGGCAUGUCUCAGGUUAAAAGCCAUCUUCAGAUGUACAGGAGCGGGUCGAGCCUCCACAACGUCCACCAGCUGCUUCCUAAACAGAAUCCUUGGAGACGACGACGACAGCCGCAACUGGAACUUCCUCCGCAAGAACUUAUCACUUUCCCUCGCGCAAACCCAAAUCCUUCUCUGCUCCUCCGUAGAGCGCCAUUGGAAGCGUCGCUGAGAGAUGCCAAGAGCAUCACAGUGCCUGUGUCAAAUGCUAGCGGGCGUGGCCAGUUCUGGGGUUUGAGGAGCUAUGCAACGUUCGAGGGCGAGAACAAUGGAGCAGUAGUAGUGAAGCAGCACCAUGAGUUGAGUUUAGAAUUGACCAUCUCGUUGCCUUGCAGUUCCUAGCUGAUCAUCUGUUUGUAGAAUAUAUAGGACUCGUCGUAUAAUUAAAUUUCUACAGAAUUUUCUGUCCCCAAAACUUUCUGAGUGAUCCAGAGAGAUUUUGGGACGGAAACUUUUGUAAGGAUCAACCUAGCUAUAUGUGUGUACGCACUUGUGCAAUGUAUCCGUGGUUAACUGGUUUUGCAUA